AUGGGGUUAUUUUUAACCCAGGGUGGGGUGUAUUUAUUGUUUCAGCCCCGGGGAAACGAGGGAUUGCCUCCGAGACGCCUCUCACAGCAACAGCAGCAGCUCCACAAAGCCAUGGCACCCAAGAAAGCCAAGAAGAGGAUUGAAGGUGCCAAUUCCAACGUCUUCUCCAUGUUUGAGCAGGCCCAGAUCCAGGAAUUCAAAGAGGCAUUCACCAUCAUGGAUCAGAACCGGGACGGCUUCAUCGACAAGGCAGAUCUGAGAGACACGUUUGCUGCGCUGGGGCGCCUCAAUGUGAAAAACGAGGAGAUCGACGAGAUGAUAAAGGAGGCGCCAGGGCCCAUCAACUUCACCGUGUUCCUCACCAUGUUUGGGGAGAAACUCAAGGGGGCUGACCCAGAGGAGACCAUCCUGAACGCAUUCAAGGUGUUUGAUCCAGAGGGGAAAGGCCUGAAAUCCGCCUACAUCAAAGAAAUGCUGAUGACACAGGGCGAGAGGUUUUCCCAGGAAGAGAUUGAUCAGAUGUUUGCAGCCUUCCCUCCAGACAUGUCUGGCAACCUCGACUACAAAAACCUCGUCCACGUCAUCACACACGGUGAAGAGAAGGACUAG